GGAAGGCGAAAAAAACUGUCGUUACCCUAAAAUGUUUGAUGGGAAGCAUUGGAGAAUUGAUGUUGGAGACAUUAAUAUGUAGGCUAUUGGUUCAUUCGAAUAACUUGUAGUGACUUGGCCUGUCAACAGACUGCUCUCUUAUCUUAAAGCAUAAAGGAUCUAUUUAGUUGCGUGUUCGUUAGAUCAGAAUUAGUUAUUGUGCAGCGAUCCGUCGGUGAGUGCGACACCGAAGUUAUGGUUGCAUGACUUCAGCCCCUGAGACUUAGGCCUUGGCUCACUCAUGGUGGAUUCUGAGUUUGUGGUGAGGGCGCCCCCUCUGGAUGGGAGGGAUAUGGAGCUGGAUGUGCUGGGCUUCCUGGACUCUCUGGGGGAGGACAACACCACAGCAGCAGAGAGGUGCUACCGCUCCCACUCCCGCAGCAGUGUCCUGCAGGGCCUGCCUUUUGGAGGGGUGCCCACGGUCCUCGCCAUCAAUGUUGUCCUGUGGCUGUUUCUUUUGCUCAUCUUUUCCUGUUUGAGGAAGGCUGCAUGGGACUAUGGCCGUCUGGCUCUACUGAUGGAGAAUGACAGCCUCACGUCCCUGUUCUACGGAGAGCAGAGUGAGAAGGAGAAGUCCCCGUCAGAGUCCAGCCCGUCAGACUCCGACACCAAGGACUUGGGCUUCUGCUCUUGGCUUACAACACUUUACCACAUGAAGGAUGAGGAGAUCAGGAGUAAGUGUGGUGUCGACGCUACGACCUACCUGUCCUUCCAGCGCCACAUCAUCCUGCUCAUGACUGUGGUCUGCCUGCUGUCUUUGGCCAUCAUCCUGCCUGUCAACUUUUCCGGAAACCUCCUAGGGGAUAAUCCUGAAAAUUUUGGAAGAACGACUGUGGCUAAUCUUCCUGCGAAGGACAGCUUCCUGUGGCUCCACAGUAUCUUUGCUCUGCUCUACUUCAUCAUCACAGUGCUGUGUAUGGCCCACCACUCCUCACGCCUGGAGUACAGAGAGGACGAGAAGGUGGCCAGGACUCUCAUGAUCACCUGCAUCCCCAGAGAGAUCUCAGACCCAGGCCUCAUCACCAAACACUUCCAUGAGGCCUACCCCAGCUGUACUGUCACUGACCUCCGCUUCUGCUUCAACGUACACAAACUGAUGAGGCUGGACUCUGAGAGACGGAAGGCGAUGAAAGGAAGGCUGUAUUUCGCCACUAAGGCCCAGAAGGAGGGGAAGAUCAUGAUGAAGACCCACCCCUGUGCUACCAUCUUCUGCUGUGACGUGUGCGGCUUUGAGCAGGUGGAUGCAGAGCAGUACUACAGUGAGCUAGAGGAGAAACUGACUGAUGAGUUUAAUGCAGAGAAGCAUCGCAUCUCGCUCAUGAGGCUGGGCAUCGCCUUUGUGACCUUUCGGGACGAAAGGAUGACUGCUGUUAUUGUCAAGGACUAUAGCAGGGUCCGUUGCCGUCAGAAACCACAGCAGUCAAGCAUCACCACGGUAGUUCAGUCUCAUAGGUGGGGUGUAAACUACGCCCCGGCACCAAGCGACAUCAUCUGGGAGAACCUCUCAGUGUGUGGCUCCCGCUGGUGGCUCCGCAGCGUCCUGCUCAACAUCCUCCUCUUCCUCAUCCUCUUCUUCCUCACCACUCCCGCCAUCAUCGUCAACACCAUGGACAAGUUCAAUGUCACCCGGCCUGUGGACAGCCUGAGGAGCCCGAUCAUCACUCAGUUCUUCCCUACUCUAUUGCUCUGGGCAUUCUCUGUCCUGCUGCCCUUCAUAGUCUAUUACUCAGCCUUCUUCGAGUCUCACUGGACCAGAUCCAGUGAGAACCAGAUCAUGAUGCACAAGUGCUUUGUACUGUUGGUGUUCAUGGUGAUCAUCCUGCCCUCGCUGGGUCUCUCCAGUCUGGAUCUGUUCUUCAGGUGGCUGUUUGAUGUCAACUUCCUGGAAGACAAGGAUGUUAAAUUGGAGUGUGUGUUCCUGCCUGAUAACGGCGCGUUCUUUGUAAACUACGUGAUCACGUCCAGCCUGAUCGGCACGGCCAUGGAGCUGCUGCGUAUCCCAGCUCUGAUGGUGUAUGCUCUGCGUCUCUGUUUGGCCAAGCCCGGGGCCGAGCGCAUCCACGUCAAACGGAGCCAGGCCUAUGAGUUCCAGUUUGGUCUGGAGUACGCCUGGACCAUGUGCAUCUAUGCUGUUAGCAUGACUUACAGUAUCACCUGUCCCAUCAUCAUGCCCUUUGGGCUGCUCUACCUGAUCCUGAAACACAUGGUGGACCGUUACAACAUCUACUAUGCCUACGUGCCCACCAACCUCAACCAGCGCAUCCACACUGCAGCCAUCAGCCAGGUCAUCGUGGCGCCCAUCCUCUGCAUGUUCUGGCUCCUGUUCUUCUCUGUGCUCAGGCUGGGCCCAAUGCGUCCCAUCACCCUCUUCACAUUUGUGUCGCUGCUCUCCUGCCUUGUCUUCUCCCUCUUCAGCUUAUGCCUUAGGAAACAGCCUGACAAGUCAUCAAGCUACCAGAUGUUUGACCAGAUGUCUGCUGACCAGCCGGCAGAAGGGGCCUUCACUGAUGCAGAGAGAAGCUCCACCCCCUCCACCACCCCCUCCAAUCUGUUUGUGGCAUCUGUGUUGCUGGAGCCGGAGUUAGGCCUGACCCCCAUGCCCUCCCCAGCUCACCAGAGCUACGGGACUAUGGCCAGCUCCCAGGACAGAGAGGAGCAAGAGGAGGAGGAAGACCAGGUUGAGACUGUCGAGACAGAGCUCCAGGACCCUCCAAACCCCUAUUACUCCAGCCCCCUCAUAGACAGCCCAGUGGGCUACCAGUGACUCACCCCCCUCCCUAACCUCCUUACUGUCUCCUAUUUGUAAGAGAGAAAGAUGUUUUUUUAAACCCUUGUUUUACCCUCUUCCACAUCCAAGCCCCUCUGACUGUACAAUGUUUGUGAGGGACCCUUUUGGAUUUUGUGUUUGGAGGUUCUUUGGAACCAAAGGCUGAAAUAGGUUCUUCCCCAGCCCAGUGGAGGGGAUGUGGGGGCUUCAUCUUAAAUAAACAAUACGGAGGAUACUUCAAACAAAAGUGCAUCUGUAGUUUUCUGACUACUUCAUGUCUCCCUUUUUUCCCCUCUAUAAGUGAAUGAACUUUACCAUACUGUAUGUGACCUGACUGGGAGUGACUGUGUAGUGAAGGACACUAUCUUUGUGUACCACUGGGAAAGGAGUAGGGAUGAAUUUCACCAGUUCAGUGGGUUUUAACCCAAAGACCCUACUAGACAGAGUGGUCUUGGCUCUGGGGGAUCUGGCUCUGGUGGGGUAGAGCUCUGCGAGGCAGGGCUGCGGGUCGGGAUCAAGCCAUCUGCAGUGGGAGAACAGGACAGACGGAGGGAAGGCAGAGUGGAACUCCGAGCUCUAACCCUAUGGAGGAGAAGGGACAACGGGUCUGAUACUAUUGCAUUUAUUGUCAAGGUUCUUGUUUUUGCUCUUCUGUACUGUCAGUUGUAUGUGAUAUUAUUGUGCUGAGGGGCGGACUGUGUGUAUUGUUUAAUAAUUUAUGUAUAGUGCCCUCCCUUUUUAUUAAUGUUUAUCAAUGACUGUUAUUAUGAGAACAUCAUAGUUGUGUUCAGUAGGAGGAAAUGGGAGAUAAAAUGUCAGAACAGAAAACAAAAAGGAGUUCUCUUAUUGGACAAGUUCAGGGAGCACCUGAAGUCCUCAAUUUUUAGAACAUUAUCUCCAAUUGACUUGGGUUUUAAAACGUUGUGCGUAAAGGUCCGGCCGCAAAAAUAGUCUUGAAAAGAUACUAGUUGUACCCUAUUGCAUCAUGGUUUCAGUAGUCCAAACCAGUCGUCCGCUCCACUGCAUGUUGCGAACGUAUACAUUGUAAUACUCCAUGUCCACCCAUCAAACUAAAGACUCGGCUGACCUCACUGUUUGAUUCAAUCAUACAGUAACCUUUGCUAGUUUUGUAUUGCAAGUGUUUUGCUGCUCGGGGGAGAGGAGGUUUCCAUGCCAAACUAAAUGGAAACUGAUUGAGGUUUGUCAUUGUACUCUCUUGCUGUGCCUUGAAGAAAAACUCACUAUGUUGCAUGGACUGAACUGAAGAGCAGGGAAAAGCGGGAGACCGAUUCAAACAAACACACAUAGUUCUGGCCAUAGUUCUAUCCAACGCAAUUGAUAGCUAUUAUCCUACUCCCUACUUUGUGUGAGCAGCCAUCUUCCUGUGUACUGUGUGUCAUACAGUUCCUUCAACCAAUAGACAAGCAGCAGACCUGGGUUCAAUAAAGUACAUGCAUAUAAGUCUUUA